CAGAAACCCUCCGAGUGCGCACAGUUUCAGGGGCAAUUUGCAGGCGCUGUUGAGUUUUCUAGCAGCAUCUUCAGCUCGUUGCAGGCAAACCGACCCCCCGCCCUCCACCAUCUUUUCUGUUUUUGGCCAUGAUGCAUCUCUGAGAGGAGGUUUCCAGCGAGAAAACACUCCGAAGAUUUUUCAUUUUGGGGGGCUCUUUUCCGAUCAAGAGAUGAUGUUUUCGUCUGCGGGCAAACGCUGCUUCACGAUAGAGUCUCUGGUGGCCAAAGAGAACCCGCUAACAGCCGAGGAACCCAUCCGCCCGACGGCUUUAAGUUACUCCAACCCGACGACAGAUGCCUUAAUGAACAGCUACCAGCCUCCACCGGCCCGCUCCCUUUACCAGAGCCCGGACCUGGUGUUCCCGGAGACGGUGAACCAUCCGUCCCUCACCGUGGCUCCUCACCAGCUCGGAGGUUCCCACCUACAGCAUCCGCACUUCUUCGGGACGCAGCACAGAGACCCGCUCAACUUCUACCCCUGGGUGCUACGGAACAGGUUUUUUGGACACAGAUUUCAAGGUAACGACGUGUCCCAGGACAGCCUGCUGCUCCACGGACCCUUCGCCAGGAAACCCAAACGCAUCCGGACGGCCUUCUCUCCGUCGCAGCUGCUGCGUCUGGAACGAGCCUUCGAGAAGAAUCACUACGUGGUGGGAGCCGAGAGGAAGCAGCUGGCAAACAGCCUGAGUUUAUCUGAAACACAGGUGAAGGUGUGGUUCCAGAACAGGAGGACCAAGUACAAGCGUCAGAAGCUGGAGGAGGAGGGACCAGAGAGCCAGCAGAAGAAGAAGGGGAACCACCACAUCAACAGAUGGCGCAUCGCCACCAAGCAGGCCAGCUCCGAGGACAUUGACGUGACCUCAGAGGACUAAACAAAAAAGAGAGAUAAAACCGCCGUCCGACCUCCGACAAUGCUGCCCUGAACCCUGCGUCAACCUUCUGACGCAUCAGAGGACCAACACUAUUUAUUAUGUAAUAUUACUGAGUGUAAUUAGACACAUUAGAGGAAGGACUCAGUCUGUGAUCACUGCUCAUCACUGAGGUGCUACAAUCAGUGACGCCGGAAAUGAAUUAAAAACACAUCUUAUUUAAUGACAUCCAUCCUGAAUGUGUCCGGAUGAAGGGAUCAUUUCAAGCCGAAGAAGAGGAGAAACGGCCUCUAACCGUAGCGUUUUAACAUUGUACAUAGGGCCGCUGAUAAAGGCUGUUUUUGAAAAGAGGCUAUUUGUUUCAUUAAAGCUGUUUUUUUUAUCACUUGCUUAGGUCAUUAACACCUCACCGCUCACCCCUCCCACCGUGCCACCUGCGCACCACGUUAAUUUAAACCCGUCGACGCACACUUUUAACCCACCCGAGCCCGAAGAACAACACGGGAGAUGAAGAACGGCUCGAUUUUAGUCCCGCCUUUGUCACUCUGGAGCCCGUCCCCACCAGCACUUUGUUCCCAAUGAAGAUUCCUCGCAGAGAAAAAAGGCGAUUCACGGCCAGCUGUGCAUGACUCCGGGACAGGCGAGAAGCUGCAGAGACCUCUAACGUCAGGGGCAAGUUGAGUUGCAUAAUAAAAGCCCCAACGCAGCUUUGUUCCACGUUUCUGUCGGCGUGGGGUGAUGGAUGACAUCUCCGUUUGUUUGAAUGUCUGCAGAUUUCAUUACAGCGCUGUGUGUAGUAUAAAACGCGUGUACUUCUCGAGCAGAACGUGUAAAAGUACAAGAGGAUGUUUUAGAAAUAAACGCAGAAAACUA